AUGUCGUUAAAUAUUGUAAACACUUCAAUCGAAAAAUUGGUACAACUCAUAACCCAAGCACAGCCAGGUUCGGACAAUUAUAAAAAAUACGUCAAAUAUGUACACUCAACGUUCAGGUUUGGCACGUUCGGGAGUACUAGCCAGAAGGAGGUAUUAAGAAAAUACAAAGGGAUCUCGGAAAAAUUUCGACUGCACGCACAAGACUCAAAAGCUGAAUUUUUGGAUAAAUAUGUUACUUCGUUUAUGCAAAGACCUCAGAUUGAAGAAUCAAUUCCUCUUCAGACUCGUUAUGAUAUCCUUUGCCUGAUUUUAAAUUUAUCCGAGUCUCCACUUCGAACUACUUAUGUUCCAUCAAAGCCAAUUUUUCAAGAAAAGCCCAAGAAACCUGAAUUUAAUGUGGCCGACAUUUUUAAAGAGGAACCUCUGACCGGCUUUCAUUGGACCGUAAAAAAAGAUUAUACCGAAGAUGACGAGGACGAUACUGACUGGAGCUCCGAUGUACAAGAAUGGAUUAGGGAAACUUUGGGGAAUCGAUCUAAUUUGCAGAAUAAUGUCGAUAAGGUCUCUGAUCCUAUGGAAGAAGACCACAUGACCGAAAUAAAUGAAGUUGUCGAUCAGGAGAGGAAUUACGAAUUAACACAGGCGCUGAGGUGUAAGCAGUACUGGAGAUCAGAUUAUCGUGACUAUUCGUAUUUGGACAUGUCUAUGUUUGAUCAAAAUAUCCCGAGUACUUUGGGUCCUUCACUCGCGAAGCAUCGAAGCCAGGAUACGCGUUACUUGUUCUAUGAUCCUACAUUAGUUAAGUACAUUACAGAACUUGAUGCUAUACGCGAAGUGUUGUUCAUGCUGUCUGGUCGACCCAGCUUUUUGUUUCAUAUGGAUCCUGACAAUAAUGGAAAAUUCAGCGUCAAACUUAAUGCAUUACUGAUGCACCUGACCGAAGGAGCGUUUAAAUCUAUUCUAGAAGUUUUUUGCAAUUAUGGAAAUUAUUUGGCAACGUUGAGAACAGUUUCCAUGAGGAUAUGCAAAGAAUCCUAUAUAACGUAUGGUCAGACUACUCAGGCUUUUGCUGCAUCUAUACUGAAGAUGAUCAUGAAAUUUGACAACUUUUUGGCAGACCUUGAAUCUAGAUACCAAGUGAACAACUCAAAGUUUCAAGAUCAAGAUACUUACAUUUCUUUACUACAACUUCAAAACCAAAUUUCAGAACAAUUAUACGAGUUCAAAAUACUGCACUGUUUUUUCGAUAGAUAUCUUUUGCAUGACUUUCCUAGCCUGUUCACAGAUUCGUUCCUGAUUUCAUCGCCUUACAAACUAUCCUACAAAAUCCUAUCCGGUCUUUUUGAUGAGCUAGUUUUUCACCAGACGGAGGGAAACAAAUCGAUAUUCCUAAUGUUAGGGGAACAUCUAGAUAAUUCUUUUGUUCCAUUCAUUCGUAUGAUCGAUGAGUGGGUCAGUACAGGAGUUCUAAACGACCCAGCAAAUGAGUUCUUCAUUGUUAGAACACCAGAAGUUAAUGAAUUUUCUUCAAGGUAUUGGUCAGAGAUGUAUAAAAUCAGAGUAGAAAACUCUACAGGUGAUAAUAUAGUCAAAAAAAGCUUGGCCAUGCCUGCAUUUCUCGAACCCUUAGUAGGUCGAAUUUUAUUUUCUGGAAAAGCACAGAACUUGCUCAUGUCUUUAAAAUCGAAAGAGGGUAAGAAGAAAAGUCAUUCGGCAUUUCAAUAUAAUCCGAAAGAGUUUAAAUUGGGUGUCGAGUCAUUGCCCCUGUUUGAUCUUUCUGUGAACAAUAACAAAUACCUAGAGCAGGAACCAUUUACUGAGACUUCCAAUCAUCAUCAAGAUAAUGAUUAUGAAGUUGAGGACAUGGAAAUAGAUGAUGAGAUAAAGGAUCAUGAAACGAGAAGUCAAAUUUCGAGUUUGGAUGUUCAGAUUGGAGAAACUUCAUUUAGACAUCCUGAUUCGAAAAAGAAGGAAGACAAAAACAUUGAUGAGAAUAGUCUUAAUGAUCAUAACAAAGAUGACAAUAGUUUAUUAAAAGAGAAAGAUCAGGAUGCUGAUGAAAAAAGCCUUGGAGAUAAAGAACAAAAAAUUGUUGAUGAAAGUAAAGAGGACAACACCAAAGGAGUUGAUGAAAGUUGGAAUAAGUUAUUAGAACUUAAAAAAUUUUCGGAUUUGAGCGAGACGGUUAAUACUUUUCCAAAUACAAUGUCAUACCUGUUCCCUCUAUGGGCUCAACCAACGGGAAAGUUUGAGAAAAUAGACAAUGAGAAAACAGACUCGAAUGGAAUGCAUGACUUAAUAUUAUUUCAGCCAUUCGAUGAAAGGUUCAAGGAAAGGUACGAUGACUAUCUUCAUCCGAGAUAUUUGCGGAUUGGUCAACAUCUUUCCCGUGCUCUAGUCGAACAAUGUCACCUUUGGAGGCACAUACGGGCGCUAUCCGGAUUUUACUUUAUGCAGCAAGGAGAAUCGAUGCAUCGACUGUGUGAUAUCUUAUUUGACAGAAUAGAUAAAAAUCAAAUGUGGUAUGAUACAUAUGUUCUCAAUGACCUUUUUCUAAACAUAUUGAGGAACUUUAAAUGGUUGGAUAAAAGUUUGGUGACCGUUUGGGUUGACGACAAAUCUAGUUCAAAACCUAACGUCACAACCGUGAAAAUAUUUGAAAAAAUAUUUGUCGAGUAUCACCUCCCAUGGCCUCUUGAUAACAUUAUACGCAAUGAUGCGUUGAAACUUUACAAACGUAUUGUCGUGUUUUUAUUACAAGUUAAAAGGGCCAAAUAUCUUUUAGAACGCAUAUCGUUAUCGCGUGUAAGUCAAGGUCACUCUGAAAAAACCACAGCCAUG